AUGAAAAGGUGCAACCAAGAUGAAGAGAAGCAGAAGAUUGUAUGUAAAAAGCAGUGUUCAACAAAAUCAUGGGCAGAUCUUGAUUUGGAUUUGUUGGGUGAAGUAAAGAAGAAGCUUUAUUGGGGGGAUCAUGCUCGAUUCAGCGUUGUGUGCAAGACUUGGCUGGCGGCAGAGCAUGAAAAAAGGGCCGGUGAUGUAUUGCCCUGGUGGUUGAUGAUGUAUCAUGAGGAUUCUGAGGAUUGGAUGAUCACAUACCACCUGUAUCAACCCCUGAAUCUGGACCAACCAGAAAUUACUCGAAGUAUUAAUUUGAAUGACUUUUUUGACUCAUCCACUGUUCAUGAGGCUACGCCACUGGUUUAUUUUGAUGGAUGUUUGUGUUUGUCUAUGUAUCACAUUGAUUUUACUCGCACCCAUUUUUUGAUUGUCUCGAUUCUAGAUAAUUCAUCCUUUACACUCCCUCAGUUUCACCAUCCUAAUGUCCGUCCGGAUUGGAAUAUGAAUCGCUUGAUAGCUGUCUCCACCUGCCCUGCUUCUUCAGAUUGUGUCUUUUUAGCUAUUUUUGUUGUUAAUUCUAGCCAGUGGACCGUGGGUAUUUUUCGUCAUGGUGAUGCACACUGGACGACGACUCAAUUUGAUUUUCAACAACCUUUGUUCUGUCCUCGUGGCAGAGAUGUUGUGUUCAUUCGAGGACUUUUCUAUUUUCUCUGUCACGGCCGACGACUUGCAUCCUAUGACAUUGCUUCCGGGGAUUUAAAUUUAAACUCCUAUUCAAUGCCAGCUAAUUGUGAGGGAGGAGAGCACAAUAUGAGAUUCUUUGCGUUAGAUGGGGAGCUCAUGCUUAUGUAUUAUGACCCAAAAGUUCGCAGAAAUGUUCUUACAACCUAUGAUUCAUCUAGUAAACUUUGGGUUCCUUUAAAAUGUUUAGGGGACCGUUCUUUGUUCAUCAGCAGGUAUUCUGUUUAUGUAGAUUAUAUGAAUUAUUAUAGAGCAUCUCCCAACAAGAUAUAUUACCAACAACAUGGGACCUGCUACGUUUAUAACGUUGAGAAUGGUCUCUUGGAAUCUACUUCAUCCGGACUUAAAAACUGGGAUGGUCUAGAUUAUGGUGCAUCAUUUUCCAUGUGGGUUGAACCUCCUGCUCUUUUGUCGAAAAAAAUAAAAGUCAACAUAACAGAAUAUGACAUUGGGAUGAUAGAAAGGUCCUCGGCAAAUUGA